GUUGUGGGCAAUAACGAGAUACCAUUGCCACGCCAGCUUCAACGUCUCCUCAUCCCACCAAUUCGCCAGCAAAAACCCGCCCCCGACUUCGCCGCUUCCGGGCUCUGUUGAUGCUUCUAGACCCAGGCCUGCUAGGACUCAAUCAAAGAAGGACCCUUCGAUUUAGCUUGGCCACUUGGAGGUUUCCUUUUUUAGGCUCGUCGAGUCCCGCUUUGCGCCUCCCCCUGGUCCCUACAGUGCUUGUCCUUGGACCGCCCCCAAAGACAGAGGUGGAUGGAUUUCGGCGACUCCAGAUCUCGGUUCCCGUACUCGACUUCUGCGCCCAGCGUCUUAGCCUCGCUCCUCUUACUGCUUUCAAUAUUCCUUCUUUCUCUCUUCAUUUUUUACCUACCGACAACAGCUUAGACCCUGAGGUGCCCUGUUGAUUACCGUCUCGUCAUCUUUACGCUUAACAACUUAAAACUUGUGCGAUCUGCGACCGACGUUGGCCAGCGAUGGCCAGUCACUGAACCUCGACGACCCUCAGUCUCCAUUUCCUUAUUUCACCUCUAAUCCUCCCAAGUCAACGCCGAUCCUCGCAACCCCUCAGACAAGAUGGGCUGCUGCUUCUCCCGUUCAUCAGGCCCUAACUCGCCUUACCCAGGUGGCGCUCCCAACGCUUCGUCGCGCGCCAUCAAUCCUCCCCCGCUGGCCCUUCCAGAACCCGUGAACGGCCCCGUGCCUCAAAUCCCCGCCGAGAGACGCCGUCGCCGUCGCCACGACCGACCUCUGGAUCAGCAUAUCGAUAAGCCUCUGCGACGACAUGAAUGGAUUUCCCGCGAUCGUACCUGGACAAGGAGGAAGCUGGACCAGGAGCGUGCAGACUUCUUCGAUACGCGAGUCACGGGCAGGCCUGAGAUCUGGCAGACGGUCCAUGCUGCGCUCAAGGUGCUAUGGGACCCUGCGAGUCAAGAUGCUCAGGAUGACGGCACCAACGGCCUUGCGACGGCCCAAAUGAUCCUCUCUGCUGCUGAGAUCUCUCUCCCGACCGGAAAUCUCGCCAACGGCGUGUACGACGCUCUCGGAAACUACUACCAACUGCCCGAAUGGAUUGUCUGCGACCCGCGGAACGUGCAAGAGGAUGGCCAAGAGGGCGCCAAGGGUGAUGCUUCGACAGUGGGAGACGACACGGCAGCAGACGACGACGACCUAAGUGACGAUGAUGACGAGAUUGAGGGGAGAAAACGGGAAAAGGGCAAAGAAGUCAUAGAUGUGCGGGAGCAGGUGAUCCUACGAGCCAGGCUCAGCGAGAACGGCCGGGAUAUCAAAGUCCGAAUAACAGAGACAGAGUCGGUCCGAAGCGUGGCCAAGAAGAUCGCCCAGGAGGCUGAUCUUGCACCCACAAAAAAGAUCCGGAUAGCAUACUUGGGCAAGAUUCUCAAGGAGAACUCGUCGCUCUCGGCCCAAAACUGGCAGACCGGCCAUAUGGUCAAUGCCCUCGUCUUCGAGCGGUAACAAAUCGAUCGCCGCUGUCAAGUCGUCACCUCGCCGCUCGUCGACAUCCCCUGUGUCCUGACCCGGCAGCUCAUUAUGACCCUGAUGAGAGGAACGUCAAAGCAUCUUCUCCCCAUCAGUCUCCUUACAAUUACACGCCUCAAUAUUUCAUCAACGGCUCCUCCCCUUUCUUUUGGUCUGCUGUCAUUGGCCAUGUCUGGAUAAUACCCAUUUCAAUUUCUCCUGUUGUCUGUCAUUUCUGGAGUUUGGUCGGUACUGGCCUAGCGAGUCUUGAUUUAUCACUCAAAUAUUUCUUUAGCCCAUGCUUUGAGACUGCUUCUGGAUAUUCUUUUGAAUACUAUUCUUACACACGCCGUACAUUUGCCCCAUGAUGCUCCUGACGUUGUUUUGCACGGUACAAGAUAAUAUAGACUCAUUAAUUCAUGCACCCACUCAUCG